UCUUCUUCUUCUUCUUCUUCUCAAUUCGCAAGUCUAGAUCAACGAUUAGGUUUUAAAAAAAAAAGGGAAAAUGAGAAGAAUUUUUUCGAUAUCUUCGCUUCUGAAUCAAGGGUUUGUUCAAAGAAGAGUUUUUAAUAAGUAUCGCAUCAAUGCAAUUCGUCCAUAUUCAGAGGAUCUUUCUUACCCGAAAUCUCCAGGGCCUCUAUUGCAAUACCGGAAGUUGGUGGAGCAAGGAAGGCUUGAGCAUGAUCCUUACCAAGAAAGGGUUGCUUUGGCAUUGGAAAAUUUGCUGGGGAGGUUGGAACAGUAUGAAAAAGAUAUGGAGGAAUAUCAUAUUAAGCUAGCUGAGUGGGAGAAAAACAGGGAGAAUGAGCAUCGGAGGCUUUUGAUGGAGGAAGCUGAGAAAAAUCAGCGGGGGGACCUUUGGACAUCAGUUAAUAAGCGCAGGAGUGAACUUCUAGAAAGAUGGGCGUUCCGGGGAAAAUCUGAAGAUAUAGAACCCGGAGUUGGUAAGUGGGUUUCAUACCUCAAUCGUGAGAAGAAGUUGGAUUCACUUGUUGGUCGUCGUCCUACUGCUCCUCCAGCCCCAAAAGGACUAUAUAUAUAUGGGAAUGUUGGAAGUGGGAAGACAAUGCUUAUGGAUAUGUUUUAUAGUGCCACUGAUGGAAUAGUUAAACAUAGACAAAGGUUCCAUUUUCAUGAGGCGAUGCUCAAAAUAAAUGAAGCUAUGCAUAAGUUGUGGAAGAAUCAAGUUGAGGAAAAGUCUAUUAAAUCAUGCAUAUCUUCUUGGAUUAUGAAUCUUCCCUUUGAUAUGAAAGCCAAGGAGUGGUUAGCCGCUGAAGAAAGAUACAAACAAGAGGUUCAGAUGAAAAAUAUUCUUCCUGCAGUGGCAGAUGAGUUUCUUGUUGACAGGCAAGCAGGCGAAAAAGGAGCUAGCAUUCUUUGCUUUGAUGAGAUACAGACUGUUGAUGUUUUUGCUAUCGUUGCCUUAUCUGGAAUUUUAAGCAGAUUACUCAGUACUGGAACUGUUCUAGUUUCUACUAGUAAUCGGGCGCCGAAUGAUUUAAAUCAGGAUGGUAUGCAACGAGAGAUCUUCCAAAAAUUAGUAGAUAAGUUGGAAAAACACUGUGAGAUUAUUUUGGUUGGAAGUGAGAUUGAUUAUCGCCGACAACUAGCACAUAGGUCUAUAGAUAAGGUUCAUUAUUUUUGGCCCCUAGAUGGCACUGCUCAAAAGGAAUUUGAGAAAAUGUGGUGUCAAGUUAUAAACCAGGCUGGAGGAGAAGUCACAUCCAGUACUGUUCCGGUGAUGUUCGGAAGGACAUUGGAGGUGCCUGAGAGUUGCAAUGGAGUAGCACGGUUCACAUUUGAGUUUCUUUGUGGUCGGCCGGUAGGUGCUGCGGAUUAUAUCGCUGUUGCUAAAAUCCAUCAUACAGUCUUCAUCUCUGAUAUUCCAGUUAUGAGUAUGCAAAACCGUGACAAGGCACGUAGAUUUAUUACCCUCAUCGAUGAGCUGUACAACCAUCAUUGCUGCCUAUUUUGUUUAGCAGCUGCUUCAAUUGAUGACUUAUUUCAAGGAAUUGAAGAGGGCACACUCUUUGAUCUUGAAAGUUUCCAGUUCGAAACAGAGACAGAAGGCGCAAAACUUCGACGAAAUGUUUUGGUAGAAGGGAGUGUGAGUUCCGGAGGUGCACCAGCUGGUAUAACAUCCAUGUUAUCCGGUCAAGAAGAGAUGUUUGCCUUCCGCCGAGCAGUAUCUCGCUUGAUUGAAAUGCGGACACCUUUAUACCUCGAAGGAGUUCGUUCCCUUCAUCCUUACUUCCAGAGGAAGCCCCAAAAUUUCGAAAAUCAUAGUUAUAGUGCAAGCACUGAGCAACACCGAGUGUCAUAACUGGCAGUAAGUUUACAUGGUCCAUGAUGAUUGCCCACAUAUAGUCUCUGUAUCUGUUAUAAUAAUGGGUCAAUUUUUUUAAACAUUUGUUGUGCUUUCAACCCAAUUCAUUUCUCGUCAAGAGACUUACUGAAAUCAUCUAA